AUGUGUGAUAAGAUUGAAAGACAUACAUUUAAGGUUUUUAACCAAGAUUUCACGGUUGAUAAACGGUUCCAACUGAUCAAAGAGAUCGGUCAUGGUGCUUAUGGUGUCGUGUGCUCGGCGAGAUUCACGGAAGCGGCUGAAGAUACCACUGUCGCCAUCAAAAAGGUGACAAACAUCUUCUCAAAGACAUUGUUGUGCAAAAGAUCUCUUCGUGAAUUGAAAUUGCUCAGGCAUUUUAGAGGACAUAAAAAUAUCACAUGUCUUUACGAUAUGGACAUCGUUUUUUAUCCGGAUGGUACUUUUGCGGGCUUGUAUUUGUACGAAGAAUUGAUGGAGUGUGACAUGCAUCAAAUUAUAAAAUCGGAGCAGCCCCUGACCGAUGCUCAUUAUCAGAGUUUUGUUUAUCAGAUUCUAUGUGGCCUCAAGUAUAUUCAUUCUGCAGAUGUUUUGCAUCGUGAUUUGAAACCCGGUAACUUACUGGUCAAUGCAGAUUGCCAACUAAAGAUAUGUGAUUUUGGCCUAGCUAGAGGCUUCUCAGAAAACCCAGUAGAAAACAACCAGUUCCUUACUGAAUAUGUCGCAACAAGAUGGUAUCGUGCACCUGAAAUAAUGCUAAGUUAUCAAGGAUACACUAAAGCCAUAGACGUUUGGUCCACAGGCUGUAUAUUAGCCGAAUUCUUAGGUGGUAAACCAAUUUUCAAAGGUAAAGAUUACGUCAAUCAAUUGAAUCGAAUAUUGCAAGUUCUUGGAAUACCACCCGAUGAAACUUUGAAAAGAAUAGGUUCUAAAAAUGUGCAGGAUUAUAUUCAUCAGCUAGGUUUUAUUCCAAAAGUGCCGUUCAGUGAUAUUUACCCACAGGCUAACCCACAGGCUCUCGACUUGCUGGAGAAAAUGCUAGCUUUUGAUCCUCAAAAUAGAAUUACAGUAGAGCAAGCGCUCCAACAUCCAUAUCUAUCUAUAUGGCACGAUCCAGCUGAUGAGCCUGUUUGUAACGAAAAAUUUGAAUUUAGCUUCGAAAGCGUCAAUGAAAUGGAAGAAUUGAAACGAAUGGUUAUAGAAGAAGUUCAAGACUUCAGACAAUAUGUAAGACAACCACUCCUAGAGGAACAAGAAAUGCAACAACAGGAACAAUUACAGCAACUGGAACAACACGAUUUACAACAACAGGAGCAAGAUUUACAGCCGGCGCAUAAUCAAUUGCAAAAAAAUGAAUCAGCAGGAAGUGCGGAACUGACUGAUGGUGACUUCACGCAACAAAUGAUGUCUCUUCAACCCAGCAGUGGAUUCUCCUCCCAAUUGCCAGAUUCCUUUGUAGGUAUAGAUUCUCGUGACUUACCUGGGCAUGAUACUGACUUCCCUCCAAGACCCCAAGAAAACCUUUUGGCCUCACCAAUUGCAUUUAAAGCUGACGGGACUAUGGCCAGUGCAUCACAGGGAGAAUAUGGUGAUUUCCUUGACUUAGAGAAAGAAUUGGAAUUCGGCCUAGACAGGAAGUAUCUGUAG